ACGCUUUCCAGAAGGAACUCAAAGAAGCCAAGCUUUUGGGAAGGAGCCAGAGACUGCAACCUGAAACGGAAGGGACCAAAGAACAGACACCGAGGCUUGAUUAAGAUGGGGGCUCGGGUCCUGAUGGUUCUCUCAGAAGAAUGGAGUCUCGCACUUUGGCAGCCCAGAUGCCAGAUGUGAAGGCCACGCCAUGUGACCGCUCAGCGUCGGCCCCCCCUGCUGGCUGCGGUAUGGACCUGGAGCGAUGCAUGACUGAGUUGCCGGCCGGCCUGUCUGUCCUGGGCGGCCCCCUGACGGCCUACCCAGCCCGGGAAGCCGCAGCCUACGCCGGCCUGCAGGGGGUGCCGGGGCCGUGCCCCAUCAUGCCUGCUUAUGACGGCAACGCGCUGCUCACCAACCUGGGGCUCAGGUGCUGCUCCACCAGCAGCAUGCACCCGCUGAAGCAUGCGGACGCCCAGCCGGCACCCGUGCACGGCUACCCCCCCCAGGUGUGCGUGAACGCGGCUAGCGGCCGCCUCUACCACAGCAUGGAGAACCUCCACUGGGCGGCGGUCUCUGACCCCGCCCUCUACGGCUUCGGCGCCCCCUACGGGAGCGUGGACAGCGAGUUCAUCUUCCGCUGCACGGCAACCAGCCACUGGUACGAGGGCCCCUCAGAGCACGUGGCCUUCUGCCCCCGCCGGGUGCCAGCGAGGAAGGACCUGCCCCUGUUCCCCCAGUGGCUCUUCCCCGCGGUGGACGAGAGGGUGCUGAACGGGAAUGCCAGGCGGGGCCUGAAGGAGAAGCUCCGGCUGCAGAGCAGCAGGGUGACGGAGCCCCACAAGCCUCUCCGCCCACAGGCCGUCCCGGCAGACCUGUGCGAGAAGGACCCCGCGCCCCGGCCGGGUGCCCCCGGUGGCCGCGAGGACCCGGGGGGGCGGCCGAGGCCCGCCUCCACCCGCCACAUCACCAGCCCCGAGGAGAUCAAGCAGGAGGCGCUGAGGAGGCUGCAGCUGCGGAGGCAGAGCAGCACCCCUGACCUUACCCUCCGCCCCGCCGACGAGCCCGGCGAGGUGGCCAAGUCUCGCACGGAGGAGUCCCUCCUCCCGCUGGGCCCCGGCAGGUCGCCCGUGCCGGAGCGCAGGAGGCACCCCGCGGGCCGGCUGCACAUCCCCACCUUCGAGGAGUUCAAGCAGAUGAGGAAGAAGGAGGGCGGGCGGGCGGAGGCUGAGCAGAGUCAGCAGCCCUCGCUGACAGGAGCGGGGGAUGCCGGCGGGGGUCAGGCUGGGGGUGAGGCGAGUCAGAGCAAAGAGGCAGAAUACACCGUGGCCGGUCCCAUUUGCACAAGCCCCACACCCCGCUCCCCUCUGCAGCCCCUGGCCACAGCCCAGGCGGAGGAGGAGGCGGUGGACACCACCCGAAACGCAAAGGAAGGCGCUUCAGAUCUCGCCUUCCCCCAUCAGCGUAAGAGCUCGGAGGGCCCUGCCAGCUGCUGUCCGGCCCUCCUGCUGGAUGGCACUGACCUCUCCAGCUACGGAGCCAAGAUCUCCAAGAUGAAGGAUGGCUUCCUUGGGUCUGCCCUGGACCUGAUAAAAAAGAGCUGCAGUGCAGAAAUCACCGCUGAGGCCCCCGUCAGGCUGUCACGUGACCAGAACGGCGCUGACAUCACCGCUCCCCAGCCGGCCCGUCAAUCCAGUGCGGUUUCCAUGACGAUGCCGGCCUGCAGCACGGAGGAUCACAACAAGCCCGCCGCUGGAGGAGGCGAGCCUGCGGAAUGCCAGCUGAGCCCAGGCUGCAGGCGGUCCAGCUCAGACGCGGCCUACGAGCUGGCCGGGGCGACGAGGGCCCAGCGCGAGUGCCGGCUCCGCCCCCACUUCAGCGACCCCAUGCCGGCCGACGCCGCCAAGCGCAAGCAGCUGGAGAUGAAGAUCGCCGCCGUGGCCCGGCUCCACAGCCAGCGCAGAGACAAGGACCGGGACAGAGACCAGCAAGGAGACAGCUCCUCUGUGGCAGCCAGGGGGCACUGUGAGCCCAGAGGAGGGGACACGGCUGCUGCCCUAAGCGUGGCGCGGGGGGCCCAGCCGCAGCACCGCUGGAGCAACGUCAGCAGCCUGAGCGCCGACAGCGGGGUGGUGGGCCUGAGCGACGAGCGGGAGGACCGCGACGAGGACGAGGAGCCGCGGCAGGCCCGGCGCACCGCCGACGUGGAGCGGGUGGACAGCGGCAUCGGGCCGGGGCUGGCCCGCGGAUGGAAGAGGCCCUCGGCCUCCCUGAGGGCCUGGGAAGCCCAGCGGCCCUGCCCGGACUGCGGCCAGCGGGACGUGGCCCGCAGCGGCGGCAGUGGCGGUGCCGGGGACAGGAUGUGCGACCGGUGCCAGAAGCAGCGCACCGAGAGGAAGGAGGCCAUCCUGGAGUUUCUCAACACGGAGAGCAGCUACGGGGAGGACCUGCGCAUCAUCAAGGAGGAGUUCUACUGCCCCAUGCAGAGCGCCGGCCUGCUCACCGCCGAGCAGCUGGCCAUCGUCUUCAGCAACGUGCAGGAGCUCAUCGAUGUCAACGACAAGUUCACCGAGCACCUGCAGGACAGCAUUGACCACGCCUUCGACCAGGGGGAUGAGGACCUCCUGACGGUGUGCAUUGGGGAGAUAUUUCUGGAGUUUGUCAACAUGCUGCCCGCCUUCCAGACCUACUGCCUGCAGCAGUCCACCUCAGUCAACAUGCUCAACACCCUGGAGAAGGAGAAGGAGUUGUUGAGGAUCUUUCUGGACGUCUCCCAGAAUGACAACACAGCCCUGCGACGCAUGAACCUUCGGUCUUUCCUGAUGGCGCCACUGCAACGGGUGACCAAGUAUCCCCUGCUCCUGAGCCGCAUCAGCAAGGCCACCACCGAGUGUCACCCUGACUACCCCCGCCUGCGGGAGGCCAAGAGCCGCGUGGAGUCCCACCUGGAGCACAUCAACACCCGGACCAAGCAAGAGGGCGCCACCUGGUCCCUGCGCUCCUUCCGCCGGGACAGCCGGAAGAGCCGGGAGGUGGUCAACAUCGAGAUGCGGGAGAUGUCCAUGAGGACAGUGGGCUGGGCCAGGGAGAGCACGCGCUUCGUCAUGGAGGGGCCCCUGCAGAUCUCGCAGCCCGCCGACGGCCAGUGGGCGAAGAAGGGCAGCAAGGCCCUCAAGUUCCAGAACGUGCAGAGCCUGCUGAUGGUGCACGUGCAGCGGGCUGCCGAAGGGCCCCAGGAGGGCGGCGGGCCGACGGGCCAGGGCUCUCCUCCGGAGCCCAUUCGGGACGGUGUGCUGGUGCUCAUCAAGGACAAGAGCAGUGGGAAGUUCACCGUGCUGCGGGAGCCCAUCCGCCUCAGCAACUGCGUGGUGUCGGCCGACCCCGACUGCGACGACACCUUCGAGGUGCUGGACAUCCGCCGCGAGGCGUUCGUCCUCCGUGCUGCCGACAAGUCCCGCACGCAGCAGUGGUUCCGCCAGAUAAAACGGUACUCCCGUGACCUGGGGCCCUGGAGAAAGAGACGCAAUGCGCUCCCCAACAUCAUGAUCAACACAACCCAGAGCCGGUCCUGAGACUGGACCUUGAGGAACGCCUUAUUCCUGCUGAGUUGGAUAAGUGGUGUAAAUAGACCCCCCUCAUCUCCAUACUAAUACUCCCUUUACGAACUCAUGACUUGAUGGAAGACCUGCUGUUGUACAUCAUGUGGAAUUUCCUUUUGUCUGAAUGUGGGCAGAUGAUUAAAAUGACUUAAAUAUGCACUUUUCUGGUAUGACACAAAGGAGAACGAAGAUCUCAGCAACGUCACAGACUAAAAGAAGGACUGGGUUGGGAACUUUA